AUGGAGAGAGCUAAGCCAGAGCCACCUUCUCAGCAGCGCCAACUGCCGCGGGCGACACCGCCGCGGCCAUUGCGUCCUGCUCCUGCUCCGCCCCCGCUGCCCGUCGAGGGUACCUCUUUUCGGGCAGCGGCCAUCGAGGCCCCUCCGUCGCCGCCCACCUCGUGCGCGGCCGCUAUUGCGACCGUGGCGUCGUCGUGCGGGGAGGCCCCAGGGUCAGGCAUACAGCCUGCGGCACGACGACUGCUGCAAGUGAACCCGGAGCAGGUGCUGCUGCUACCGCCAGGGCCACCACUGCCUCAAGCUCGUGAUGAAGCAGCUGCCGCUUUGUCCGCGCAGGCGCGACUGCUGCAGCUCAGGCCGGAGCUACUGCUGCUGCCACCAAAACAGCAGCCGCCCGCUUCAGAAGUCGCCCCCUGCAGGCCCGAAGUGCACCCAGUGCAGCCCCCAGCACUUCACAUCAAGAUUGAGAAGCAGGAGCCUGGGCUGGGCUUGGAAACGUCGGUGGUGUCUCGGAGAGCAGUGGAGGCGGGAACCGGGUCUUCUAGAGUAGUCAAAGUUGAAGGCCCUGGGCCGGGCCUCGACAGCCACCGAGGGGAAGAGAAAAAAGGCAAUUUGGAGGCGGAGGAGGUUAUGAGGGACGCGGGGAUAGGGGGUGAAGACAAAAGCCUGGCGACCAUCAGAGAAGGAGUCAUCAAAACUGAGGAACCGGAGAGACUUCUCGAGGAUUGCAGGCUCGGAUCGGAGCCCGUGUCCAGUGACUUGAUCCAUGGCAGCAAGGAGGUCAUCCUUACCCAGCCGACCGGUGCCUUUGGGCCACACCAACAAGACCUUAGGAUCCCUCUGACUCUCCAUACUGUCCUCCCUGGAGCCCGGAUCCAAUUUCAGGGGCCUCCACCUUCGGAGUUGAUACGAUUGACCAAGGUCCCCCUGACACCAGUGCCUAUUAAAAUGCAGUCCUUACUGGAGCCUUCUGUAAAAAUUGAAACCAAAGAUGUCCCGCUCACUGUGCUUCCCUCAGAUGCAGGAAUACCAGAUACUCCCUUCAGUAAGGACAGAAACGGUCAUGUGAAGCGACCUAUGAAUGCAUUUAUGGUUUGGGCAAGGAUCCACCGGCCAGCACUAGCCAAAGCUAACCCAGCAGCCAACAAUGCAGAAAUCAGUGUCCAGCUUGGGUUAGAGUGGAACAAACUUAGUGAAGAACAAAAGAAACCCUAUUAUGAUGAAGCACAAAAGAUUAAAGAAAAGCACAGAGAGGAAUUUCCUGGUUGGGUUUAUCAGCCUCGUCCAGGGAAGCGAAAACGUUUCCCUCUUAGUGUUUCCAAUGUAUUUUCUGGUACCACACAGAAUAUCAUCUCUACAAAUCCUACAACAAUUUAUCCUUAUCGUUCACCUACGUACUCUGUGGUUAUUCCCAGCCUACAGAACACCAUCACUAAUCCGGUUGGUGAAGCCCCACCUGCCAUCCAGCUGCCCACAUCUGCAGUCCAGUGCCCAAGCCCCAUCACACUUUUCCAGCCCAGUGUUUCCAGUUCUGCCCAGGUGGCUGUCCAGAAUCAAAGUCUACCCCUUGGUCCAGCGCUCCCACCCCAGCACUUUGCUGGGCCCUCCCAAACGGACACUCAUCGGCUACAUUCUGGAGCCAAUCGUUCUGUGAAGAGACCCACUCCUGUCUCUCUGGAGAGUACCAACAGGAUUCCAACUAGUGCAAGUACUGCCCAUGCUAGAUUUGCAACUUCAACCAUCCAGGCUCCCAAGGAGUAUCCCAGUGUUUCCACUUGCCCCAGAAGUGCUGCAAUCCCCCAGGCUCCUCCCAUUCCACACUCACAUGUCUACCAACCCCCUCCCCUGGGCCAUCCAGCCACACUGUUUGGGACACCACCAAGAUUCUCUUUUCAUCACCCUUACUUCUUACCUGGACCUCACUACUUUCCAUCAAGCACAUGCCCUUAUAGUCGACCUCCCUUUGGCUAUGGGAAUUUUCCAAGUUCAAUGCCAGAAUGCCUUGGUUAUUAUGAAGACAGGUACCAAAAACAUGAGGCUAUGUUUUCAGCUUUAAAUAGAGACUAUCCCUUUAGAGACUACCCAGACGAACGCACACACAGCGAAGACUCUCGGAGUUGUGAGAGCAUGGAUGGGACCACUUACUAUAACAGUCAUAGCCACAGUGGGGAAGAAUACUUAAAUCCCAUGCCUUCACUAGACAUUGGAGCCUUGGAGAAUGUCUUCACAGCCCCGACAUCAACUCCCUCUAGCAUCCAGCAAGUCAAUGUCACUGACAGUGAUGAGGAAGAAGAAGAAAAAGUGCUCAGGAAUUUAUAAUUUUUAAAAAAUAUGCACAGAAAAUAAACAUUUCUUAAAAGAUA